AUGGCGCGACUCUCACAUUCCACCGUACAUCCAAUUAAUAGAAGUGCAAUCGAUAUUGCAUCAGCAGAGCUGGGAACCCUGCUGCUGCGACUACAAAAGACCGUUCUUCAUACAGAUAGCGACCGCGAACGACGACUACGAUCGAGCGAAUUCGAAAGAGCACGGGUAGCAUCUAAUCUCGAAUAUGCACGAAACUCUUUGACGAAACUAGAACACGAUGCGCUUGGGAUUAAAGCGCCAGGUCGGAGGGCUGAAGUACAAAGUGAUUUGAACAGGAAGAGAGAGCUUCUAGAACUGCUACUGGAUCGGCUAGAAGACUUGAGACAAGUGGCAAUUGAGGAGGACGAAGAUGAUGAGAGUACCGACGGAGAAGAUAUCCUCUCAGAAAUAAUACCUACGCCGAGCGAUAGCAUGGUCGAUUCCAUAUCAACAGGCCAACCCACGGAAAGCUCAGGGCAAGAUGAUGAUGCCGAGUCAGAGCCCCCCGAGGCAACAACGAUACCAGUGACAACAGCCACAGUACCAGCGCCAGCAUCGACAACACCCCCUGACACGUCUACGACAUCGCAAGAGCACAAACAACAACCCACGCAAACAACGCAGAACCUAAGAUCAAGAGGUGCACCUUCAUCUCCAUCACCGCCUGCCCAUUCAACGGCACGCGCGGCGCUUUUCGCCAAUCGAAGCAAACCCUCCACUCCCCAAACAUCAACAGCAACGGCUGAAGCUUUACUUGACCAUCAACGAGCCGAACAGGAAGCCCUUUCAGAAUCGAUUCUUCAAAUGGCGAGUGCUCUAAAGUCAAGCUCACAACGAUUCUCAACAACUCUCGAGGCAGACAAGGACGUAGUGGCGCGUGCAGGCGAGGGAAUGGAUAAGACGGAACGGAGCAUGGAGGCGGCGAAGGGGCGAAUGGGUAUGCUCAAGAGGAUGACAGAAGGAAAGGGAUACUUUGGGAGACUACUCCUGUAUGCAUAUAUUGCUUUGCUUGCUGUGGCAUGCAUACUCGUGGUCUUUGUUUUGCCAAAGUUGAGGUUCUGA